GUUGACGGGCUGAAAUGGGGAAGAUUGAGAUCGGAUGCCUCCGUCUUCAGCCCUUCAGGAUAUGCUUUCUAAAGCCCGGUGUUUCCAGUCUGUUGCUGGAAGGCUUCCGAGGGACUUGGAAGUCAUUCCCACCACGCCAGACAAAGGCCAGCAUCGAGAUACCAGCUAUUGGGCAAAUAGAGGGGUCUUGUGGCCUGGCGAAUGACUCUGCAUGGGACUCUGUCCUCGACGGCUCGUCCAACCAGAGCGCAGUCCAGCGACACGUCCUUCCUGGAGCUGGACAAGUAGGGGCGUUUGAGUCGCACUAGCACCUGCAUAUCAACGUCAAAACCGCCCAAGGCCAGACGAAGGCCUUGUGACGAAGGCAGAGUUUGUGGCCCUCCAUCCUUCGAACUCGUUUGCGUCACCUGGCCCUUUUAACUCCCUAGUCCCCUUCCCAACACCCGCGCACGCUGUCACCACAAGGCUGUGCUCCCGUGAGCUCGCCCGCUUCGCCGACGACUCCGACUAGAAAGUCGUCUCGACACUGGCUGUCACCUGGCACACACCGACCUCGGACUCUACCCCCCACCUUCAGAUCUCAACCCGUCUCACAAGCCUGAGCUUACCUUCUACGGUGGACUACCUGGACACUCUUCGGCUGGCAUCCUCUCUUUGCUGCGCAUAUUCUCAACAAAAGGCUCGGUUGCCCGUUUCCGUUUCCAAAGGGCUGCUCUCAUUGUGAGCCCGGCGUUGGCAUCGUGCCAUUGAGGUGCCCAUUUCUGCCUGCCCAGCACACAACUCCAGACCACGUCCGCCAACAUGUCAGAACCAGAUCUGAAGCCGACACCGAUCCCUAAAUCCAAAUCGACCAGCACCUUGACCGACAGCGAGCACAUCAUGACGCCAGACGAAGGCGCCACGUCGCAAGGGUCGUCAUCGCCGCGCGAGCGCGCCGAGAGCAACGCCGCGCCCAUGCUCCCCGAGACCCCGACGCUUGGGGCGACAACACCCAAGAGCCAACGCCUGUCGCGCAACCCGUCCUUCUCGGGCAGCAGCUCGUACCAUGAGGAUUGGGAGGCGCUGCCGCCACUGGACCGCCUGACCGUGCUCGACCUGCUCGACAACUUCGCGUUCCCGCAGCAGCUCGAACUACAGCUGGGCAAGAUCCAGAAGGGCAUCUCCAAAUCCCGGCAGGCCCUCCGCGCGAGGGGGCAGGUGGCGCGCGAGCGCAUGGUGGAGGAAUGGCGGCAGCGCGUGCCGUCAGCCGACGAGCAGCUGGAACGGUACCGCAAGCGCAUGCGCACGAGCGUUGAGAAGCUGGGCCGCCAGUGGAACGACACAAAGGCUGUGACGGCGCGCGAGAAGGUCUCGUUCAUCUGCGGCGUCAUGAAUAUCUUCAUCAGUGGCUAUCUCAUCGGCGGCUUCCCCGAGUGGAUGCCACUGUGGUACACGGCCCAGGUGCUCUACUUUCUGCCCAUCCGCUUCGUUACCUACCAUCGUCGUGGUUACCACUACUUCCUUGCCGAUCUCUGCUACUUUGUCAACUUCCUCCUGCUCCUGAGCAUCUGGGUCUUCCCGGGUUCCAAGCGUCUCUUCACGGCCGUCUACUGCCUCGCCUUUGGGAACAACGCCAUCGCCAUCGUCAUGUGGCGCAACUCGCUCGUCUUCCACAGCUUCGACAAGGUCACCUCGCUCUUCAUCCACAUCAUGCCCUGCGCCACGCUGCACUGCAUCGUUCACCUGGUCGACAUGGCCUACCAGGAGGCUCGAUUUCCGGCAAUUUAUCAGGUCAAGCACUCGCCCAAGGGCUCUCCGACCGCAUACGCCAAUGUCAUCUCCAUGCUGGCCUGGUCUACCAUACCAUAUGCCUUCUGGCAGCUCUCGUACUACUUCUUCAUCACGGUCCGCCGUCGCGACAAGAUCGCCGCCGGCCGCCCCACCUCCUUUACCUGGUUGCGCAAGUCCUAUUCCAAGACCUGGAUCGGCCGCAUCAUCCUAGCCCUGCCUAACACUCUUCAAGAGGCCGCCUUCAUGAUGAUUCAGUAUUCGUAUGCCGUCUUGACCAUGCUGCCCUGUCCCAUCUGGUUCUACAGCCGGUGGGCCUCUGCCGCCUUCCUACUCUUCGUCUUCGGCUGGAGCGUCCACAACGGCGCUACUUAUUACAUCGACGUCUUUGGCAAACGCUUCCAGAAGGAACUCGAGUCCAUGAAGGCCGAGGUCUCAAAGUGGCAGAGCCACUCAGAGUCUUUGACCAGCCCGUCCCUCGGCCCCGUCCAUGACGGCGCCAGCAGCAUGGGCGGUGACGGGGACGACACCGAGUUCGAGUCGACCACGCCUUCGGGUGGCCCAGCCAAGAAGGCGGCACACGAAGCCAUCAACGUCAUCCCUCUGCUCAAUGACGAGAACCAGAUCUCUGCAACAGGCGCCGAUAGUGGGGCUCGGAAUAUUGCCAGAGAACGGAAAUAAUGAUGGGCAUGCUUUGUUUCUUUUUCUUGUUCUUUUCUGUUUUUUUCGCCGUCAACAUUGGGUAGUACUUGAGUGAUCCAUGCUCUUGUCGAGGUGUCUUGCUCUGUUCGCGUGUUAUCUUGGCUUUCCAUCCGAAUAAGAUCCCUCGCACGGUGCGCCUGAACUGGAUUCUGUGGCCUCCUGGAAUGGUAACGACGACACACAUCUGCCGCCUGCUCGGCAGGGCCAACCCGUUUUUCAACGACUGCGAUUCCGUCCUUUCCUCCCGCCAAUAUAUCCAGAUGUCUCUCUACCUUGGAUACUACUUUAUCCUUAAAUGCAGUACACAUCGACUUUUAUGCCUUUGAUAUGACAUGAACAACGUAGGGAGGGGGUCGUAACCCCGUAACGAAUCUUAGUUCGGUGCUUCAGA